AUGGAAGACACGCCCCCACCACCACCAACAGUCCGAGCGAUAUCACAGUGCUCCGUGGCUAACGCUGAGGAGAGUCUCAAGCUCAUUCUUUCCUCCAGCGAUGAAGGUGACGAUGACAUGGACAACACGGUUGUCGAGGUUCCCGGAAUUGCUCACAUGGAGCUCGAUGUGCCGCCGACGCGAAUGAAGGAGAUUAACUCGCAACCAUCGGCCGAGAGCAACAACAACCAGCCGAGCGAUUAUACAUCAGCAGCAGUGCUCCGUCAGCAGCUGCAAAUUCGGGACAAACUGCAGGCGGAGAUGCAAGUGGAGUUGGCUCGCCUCACAGCUCAGGUGUGCUCCCUGGUGAAAGAGCUCAGUAACACUCGUAAGGAGCUGGAGCUAUACCGCCAAGGCACACAAGUGGUGACCAACCUCCAGGCGCAGGCUGCGUCGCAGCAACAACCUACAUCUGCUCCCACCGUGCGCCGACGUCGACAUCGUGCUGGCCGACGAGAAAAGGAGCGUCGAGCACUGAAACAGCUACACCAACAACAGCAGCAGCGGCAAAACCUACGGCAGCAGUCACAAAAGCAGCAGCAACACGGUUGGUCGACCGUGGUAAAGCGACGCCCUGCACAGCAGCAGCAACAACAACAGCAGCGCUCGCAGCCGCAGCAGUGCUCGAAGCAGCAACUCUCCCAGCAGCAACAUCAGCGCUCACAACAGCAACGGCAGAAACAACUUGCCGUACCGCGUCGUAGGGUGAAGGCGGACAUGAUUGAGGUGGCACCGGCCAAUGGUAAAACAUGGAUGGAUGUUUACUGCAAGGUGCGCAAGGGUCUAGAAGGGACGGAAGUGGCACAGCAUGUGCAAAUGGGGACCCGAACGCAGCUCUCCUAUCUUCGGUUGCCGUUGUCCAAAUCUGCCAAUAGCGAGGACGUUCUCAAUGUCGUGCAGGACAUCGUUGGGGAGGACGGGAAGGCGCGCAUCAUAACUGAGAUGGGGGAGGUCUACCUUAGUCACCUCGACCCCAUGGCGGAGAAAGAAGACGUGCUCACUGCCAUCGAGAGCAAACUCGGAGCGAAGGCGGGUGCUACAGCAUUCCACCUUUGGACCAUCUUCAACGGUACAAAGCGAGCGCGAAUUCGUUUGCCUCUCACGAAGAAGUGA